AUGUCUGAUCAGGAGGAAAAUGUUAAUGCUCAGAAUGUAGUUCAUGCAUCAGAAGAAAAUGAUAAAUCAUAUGAGUCUAUCAAUAUCCCAGUUUCCUCAGUAGAGACUCCAGAGUUAGAUCAAGCUGGAGACAAUGAGUUUGGAGUGCAACCCUCCGGCAUGGGCCAUGGAACAAAUGUUGAGGAGGUCAGAGGGCAGACAGAGUCAAGCCUAUACUCACAUGAUGAAAGACAAUACGACCAGUCUGCAUUGUUAUCCUAUGAAGGUUCUGAUACCCUGCCAUCUUAUCAAAAUCCAUAUGGAGCAGAAUAUGAAAGUAUAUCACAGUCAGAGAAAAAGUAUUCAGAUUCUGGUGUGACUAUGCCAGUUAUGGGUGAAAUAAAGUCUCUAAAAGCAUCUUUGAAAGCAACAAUGAGAGAUUCUGUAGCAACAGUAAAAGUUGUACUUAUUCCUGUGGGCCAGGAAAUCAUAUUCCCAUUUAAACUUGAUACUAUUUUUAAAUACCUGAAGGAAAAAUUUUCACAUCUAUUAAAUGUCCCACCUUAUGCUCUACAGCUAAGACAUGCAGGAAUUAUUCUUAAAAAUAAUGAGACCCUCCUACAAUAUGGAGUUAAGCCACAGGAUAUUGUACAGGUGGAAAUUUUUUCUACACAGCCAGAUCUAUUUCCGAUAAGAAGAAUCCAUGGAUUAAAUGAAGACUCUCAAAUUAUAACUGUCAAAAUACAAACUGGCACUGAUGAGUACCAGGAGGUAGCUGUUGAGAUUAUAAAAUCUGACUUUCACAAACCAUUUCUUGGUGGAUUCAGACACAAAAUAACAGGAGCAGAAUAUCAUAAUGCUGGAACACAAACUGUACCUAAAAAGACUCACCAAAAAAACAAUGUAUUUAGUAGGGAUACCCAGACAGUCUUUCAGAAGAAAAAGCUCCAGCAAACUACAAAUAACACAUCGACACAGAUGACUAAAAUUGGUGUGUAUGUAUCAAAUAUGACUGAUAAAUUGGUAACACCAGGAAAAUAUAUUUCAGCAGAAGAAUAUCAUGCUCAAAGAUUGGAGGCAGUAAUAAUAAUACAGACUUACUAUAGGCAAUGGCAUGCUAAAGGCGUGGUAGAGAAUAUAAGACGACAAAAGUUGCUAAGGUUGAAAUGGGAAGCAGAGGAAGAGGAGAGAAAAAUAAGGGAAAAAGAAAAAUUGAUGCAAUUGGACUAUUACCGGAGGCAUCAUCCUCAAACAAAAGAAGAUUUUGAACUUCUUUUUAAUGCACUAGAAUUAUGGCGGCAAGAGGAACUUGCAUGCAUUAACCAAUGUUACACGGGAGCUGAAAGGAAAGCGCGUUUGUGUGACCUUCUGGAAAAAGAGACCCAGCUAAUUGCUUCCAUUGGGAGACACAGGUACAAUGCUAAUAUGGCCAACCAGGAGGCAGCAAUACAGGCUUUUCUGGAUAAGUGUUCAGCCCCAAAGACAUGGAGAACAGUUAGUGGGAAAAUCAUUGAGUUGGAUACACAGUUCACCAUCAGAGCCAGAGAGCUGCAAACCAUCUAUAAAUGCAUCAUGCUGAAAAAUAUCUCCCAAGAUGAGAGACUGGAUGUGCUUUUAACGCUUAAGCACACUGUGAAGGAACAUGACUGCAAACUGACUCAGGAAAUUCUAGAAUUGAUUGACAGAGAAGUAGACCUUAUGAUGAGAGGAGUCAAACAUUAUAACCUUGAAGGUCUUCGGAAAAGAAUCACCACGCUCUUUUUUCAUUACAUCAAAACACCUCUGUUUAAUCCUGAAGUUGUAAGAUACCUCAAGGUCCCUCAGGAUCCAAUGGCGUUUUAUAAGAAGAUUUACUUCUGCCACAGUUGUCAGCUCUAUUUGCCUUCCACAGAGUUUGCUGUGACCUCCACCUCACAGCGCAUAUACCGGUGUCGUAACUGUGUUAGUCUCGACAAUGAGGCCAGGCAACGAGAAUCAUUUUUGAAGUACAAAUGUUUACUGAAACGGCUCUACUAUUCAGAAGCCAAUUAUGAAGAUGAUUCUAAAAUUGCUUUCCUGAUGCAGCUCCAAGACAUUCAGUACCUGACUGAAAAGAUCUGGGCCUCCCAGUCGGUGCUCAGCGCCUGGAAUGAUCUCAAUGAUCUGGUGAUGGUGAGGUGGGACAAGAACUUGGAGUGGUCCCCCUGGAACUGCAUUCUUCUCACCAAAGACGAAGGUGCAGCUCACCUGAAGCUAGCAAGAACCGAAGAGGGAUAUGAACCCUUGUUUAUUCACAAGAUCAAACACAAACAUAUCUUGGCUAAGAACUAUUUUUCUCAAAUUCCACUGCUGGCUUCAUUUAUACUGGAUGAUGGUGAAGUAAAUGAGAUCAGGAGAUAGCACACAGAAAAAACACCUCAGGAACUUUAUCUUUAGAAGACCCAGGAGUAUUUAUUUGAUGGUCAGCAUUUUUGUCCACUACUAAUAGAGUA